AUGGAACGCCCCCACCGGCCCCCGCCGCUCACGAUCCCGCCGCCGCCCCGAUCCCGAACCCGCGUCCGACGUCGGCGCGGUCCCAACCCCCGACAGGCGCGCCAGUUCAAGCGCUGGCUCCUCCGCGCCCAGAUCGCAAACGAUGUCGUCCAUGUCGUCGCCGCCUCCAUUCUGCUGUGGAUCAUGUCCUGGUUCCUCUACAACGUGUCGCGCCCUCUCACAUACCGCACCGGCCCCGCCGCCGUCGCCCUCCUCAUCGCCCUAUCAACCGACAUCCUUCUCGACGCCCGCUCUAUAGUCCACGCCCACGACCCCUGGCCCGGCUGGGCCCUCCUCCUCCGCCUCCUACUUGGCGUCUCCCUCAUCGCCGUCUUCUGGGUCUACAUCGCCCUCGGCGCCGUCUUCGCCCCUGGCUUCUCCUACUGGGCCAUGCCCGACGCCUACGGCCGCGUGCUGGCCUACAUGUUCCUCUGGGGCAUCGGUCUGUGGGACCUGCUCUUCGUCGUCCUGUGCCGCCGCUGGCUCGGAAGGGAGGUGAAGCGCUACGGCGGUCGCGCGCGCCACGUCUUCUUCUCCCCCUCCGCCUUCUCAUCUCGGGGGUGGCGGGCGCGGACGUCGGCUUCGUCACCCGGCGGAGGCGGCGCGCAUCGGCUGGCCAGCGCCGGCGGGCGCGCGGGGGAGGCGCCGGGCGGGGUCGCUGUCGUGGACGUCGAGGCCGCGAGGCCUGCGAACGGGGACGAGGGCAGCGGCGGUGGGAGGGUGGGCUUGCCGGCGAGGAUGGGGCUGCAGAGAAUGAAGAACAGCGCGAGCCGGGACGGGUACCGCGGCAGCGGCGCCGACAAUGACAAUGACGACAAGGGAUGCUUCGUCACCUCCGCCUGUGCUCACGCGGCCGGCGUCACGGGCUGCUUGAGGCGCUGA